CAUUGCUUCCUGUAGGACUGGGUCGGGUUGCCUGGAGACCACGGAAACGUUUGGGAGCAGCAGCGAUGGAGAAGUAUGAGAAAAUCAAAGUUGUCGGAAGAGGAGCUUUCGGGAUAGUCCACCUGUGCCGCAGGCGCAGUGACGGGGCCUUUGUCAUCCUUAAGGAGAUCCCAGUGGAGCAGAUGUCACGAGACGAACGUCUUUCAGCUCAGAACGAGUGCCAGGUCCUGAAACUACUCAACCAUCCAAAUAUCAUAGAGUACUAUGAGAACUUCCUGGAAGACAAGGCGCUCAUGAUAGCAAUGGAGUAUGCACCAGGUGGAACAUUGGCUGAUUACAUACAGAAGCGCUGUAACUCUCUGCUGGACGAGGACACCAUCCUUCACUUCUUCGUUCAGAUCUUACUCGCUCUGUACCACGUCCACAAUAAACUCAUUUUGCACAGAGACCUUAAAACGCAGAAUAUUCUUCUCGACAAGCACCAGAUGAUCGUCAAAAUUGGAGAUUUCGGCAUCUCCAAAAUCCUUGUCAGCAAGAGCAAAGCUUACACGGUGGUCGGGACUCCGUGCUACAUCUCCCCAGAGCUGUGUGAGGGAAAGCCGUACAACCAGAAGAGUGACAUCUGGGCUCUGGGCUGCGUGCUGUAUGAGCUUGCAAGCCUGAAGAGGGCCUUCGAGGCUGCUAAUCUGCCAGCCCUCGUUCUGAAGAUCAUGAGCGGAACAUUUGCUCCAAUUUCAGACCGCUACAGCCCCGAACUGCGACAGCUCAUCCUCAAUAUGCUCAACCUGGAUCCCUCCAAACGGCCUCAACUCAAUGAAAUAAUGGCUCUUCCUAUAUGCAUCCGGCCUCUGCUCAAUCUUUACACGGAUAUUGGCAAUGUUAAAAUGCGCAGGAUUGAGAAACCACUGUCUACUGUGCACACUGGUCAUCAAGGUAGACCAGGCGGGAGAGUUCCUGGCAGCAGGUCCAGAGAUGGAUCAGUCGGUUUAGGAUCAGGGAAGGUGCAUUCCCUCCCGCUGUCAUCUGUGUAUACGUGGGGAAGUGGAAUCUCAGCGCCUCUCCGGCUGCCGAUGCUCAACACCGAGGUGCUUCAAGUGUCUCUUGGCCGCACUCAGAGGAUGGGGGUGACCAAGUCAGGCCGUCUGAUCACAUGGGAGGCUCCGUCAGUGGGUUCUGGUGAGGCCAGUCUGCCCGGUGUGGUGGAGCAGAUGCAGCCUCAGUUCAUUUCACGUUUCCUGGAGGGUCAGUCUGGAGUCACCAUCAAGUCUGUGUCCUGUGGCGAUCUCUUCACCACCUGCAUGACAGACAGGGGCAUCAUCAUGACAUUUGGAAGUGGGAGCAAUGGCUGUCUGGGUCACGGUAACUUCAAUGAUGUUACUCAGCCCAAGAUAGUCGAGGCGCUCCUGGGCUAUGAGCUGGUUCAGGUGUCAUGUGGUGCUUCCCACGUCCUUGCUGUGACCAAUGAAAGAGAAGUAUUUGCCUGGGGAAGAGGAGACAAUGGGCGCCUCGGGCUCGGCAACCAAGACACACAUAACUCACCUCAGCAGGUGUGUUUACCUGUGGAAUUUGAGGCCCAGAGGGUGGUGUGUGGAGUUGACUGCUCCAUGAUUAUCAGCACCCAGAACAGCAUUGUGGCGUGUGGAAGCAACAGGUUCAAUAAGCUUGGGCUGGAUAAAAUAAAUUCUGGAGAGGAACCAAAUCCCUCAAACCAGAUGGAGGAAGUCCACUCUUACACUCCUGCACAAUCAGCCCCACUCAACAGAGAGAAGAUUGUUUACAUUGACAUUGGGACAGCACAUUCUGUUGCUGUUACAGAACAGGGUCAGUGUUUCACCUUUGGGAGCAACCAGCAUGGCCAGAUGGGCUGUAGUUCCCGUCGGAGCAGCCGCGUGCCCUACCUGGUGCCCGGAUUGCAGAGCAUCACCAUGGCUGCCUGUGGAGAUGCUUUCACGUUAGCUAUUGGAUCUGACGGGGAGGUGUACACCUGGGGAAAGGGGGCCCGCGGACGUCUUGGAAGAAAAGAGGAGGACUCUGGGAUCCCAAAGACGGUGCAGCUCGAUGAGAGUCACCCGUUCACGGCGACGUCGGUGGCUUGUUGUCAUGGCAACACUCUGCUUGCAGUGAAACCUAUGUGUUCCUCUCUCUGCCGAUAGUGACCAUCUCACCUGAUGAAAACUAAAGAAGAGUGGAGCUUUGUUUGAGGAGCCUGUCCCGAGAUGAUUUGACCCUGAAAAAAAAAAAACCCUUCAUGAAGUCCGGCGGUGGCUUGAGGUGAAGGACAGCUUCCUCUGAAUAACUCCUGCCGGGGGCCCAUCUGUGUUGCAGUUGAAAGAUUCCCCUUCACACUGCAGCUGUGGCCUCACAUGUUCACUCUCUGUUCCUCUCAAAUGAUUUCUCUUCAGGAAUCAACGUUUUUUUUCAUUCAUUGGAUUUGAUUUCAUGAAAAAUGUGUACUGCAGCAGGUGUAUUUCCCAACAGGUGAGUUAGAGGAAUGUUUACACUUAAGCAGGCUAACAGGAAGUUGUCAUUAGGCAGCUUUCAUGUGGGCAGCUAUUGUCCCCCCUCACGUGCAGACUUAGCAUGAUAACGGCCAGAAAACGUCAAACAGGUUGGCGCUGUGCUAAGCCUCUGAUGAAUGAGAUGAUACAAUGCAAAGAAAGGAAAACCACUCGAGAGUUUAGUAAGUCAUCUGUCAAAUGAAGCAAACACGUUAAUCUUGAUCACAUCGUCAGUGGUCACAUAGUACUUUAUUGGAUUAGUCCUCCAACAUUUGUAACUCAGCAGCCGAGGUCAAAACUAAAUGAAGUCUGUUGUUUGGAGCUCAACUGAACACUGUUUAAAAAAAAAUAAUGAUCCUUUUUUUUGUGUGUCUAAAAUCACUCCCACAAUCAGCCACUCACUAAUCCCUCCAUUUAUUAUCCACAUGCCGUCGAAGCCUCUAGAAGUCAGCAGUAAAUCAAGAUUUAGGUCAGAUGAGUCAUCUUCUCUGACAUAUAUUAAACGUGACACAAUGCAUUAUUGGAGAAAGUAUGUGUACAUAGGGCGUAGGUUUCUUUUGAGAGGAUGAGAAUCAAACAAUUUAUUUGCUGUGUUGUGAUGACUUUACUGCCUCGAUAGCAUAAUUAAUAGGAUUAUCAAAAAAAAGUGUAUGUUUUUCGGGGUGGAUAAAUGUGCGUCCUCUAACAGGUCAUUGGAGGUCAUUUGUCCGCACUACAUCCGCCAUCCAUGCGCACUCUUCAUUCUCCUUUGAUAGUAAGAAUCAUACAAAGCAUCAAUGGUGGACAGAUAGGUUCACUACAGGUUCAUUAGUGUGAGUCAUUUCUGACACAACAUUUGUAUUUGUGGAAUAUUUAGUGAUUUCACUAAUUGGAGUGUGUAUGAUAUCUGCUGUAUAAUAUUUGCAUAAACUUUAUAUAUAUGAUGUCCUAAUGAUGAGAAAAGCCUUUUGCUUUUCAAAGUUUGACUUCAGUAAAAUUACAACAUUGUUAUAAUCAUCUUCAAGUACCGAAAAAACAUGUGGCUGAAUUGACCAAUCAGAAACCACGUCUUUUAUUUACACCUACAAGCAUGGCUGCAUUAAUGUGUCACUCAAAGGACUCAUUUCAAGAACUUUAUAAACUCUCUGUUAGCCUAAUCUACAAUAAUACUUCAUAGUGGUAUAAUCCUAUACAUUAUAUUGUAUUCUUUAUUUAUAUGAUGCUCUAAUCAUCAGACACUGCAAAAUGACGUCUAGUUAAAACUUCCAGAUAAAUACAGUGAAGUAAAAAAAUAUCACAUUUCACUGCUGUCAUGGAGUCAAGUAGUAUUUAAAUGAUGCAUAUUCUGUAAGACCUAUAAGUAUUUAAUUUAUCUACAUACUCGAACAGGUGAGUAGGAGUGAUUGAAUGUACUUUUUUAUGAACAUUUUCUUGAAUGUUGUCCGUUUUUCUCUAUCACCAAAGCUACAAAAUAGAAACAUGUUUUAUUUAGACCUUCAGUAGUAACCUGUCACACGUCCUUUGAUAAAUCUGAUCUUCUGUCAGAUGAUGGUUUCACUGAAGUUAGUGCGCAGUAAGAAGAUACUUAACUCUCCAGAUUAUGAGAGUCUGUCACACAUUUGAUCUGCUUUACUUCAACCUACAACAGACACCAGUGGUGCCGAGAUGAAUGUUCAGAUUGAAUUGACAUGACGCUCCUGGAGGCUGAUGAUGAAUGUAGAGACACAAAAACAAACAUUUAUCAUGACCAAGCUGUACAUGAACAUCUGAAUUGUGAAUAAAUAACCUUCAAAGGUUUGAUCUUU